CGUUCUACAUUCUGAUCCGAGGAUCAGCUGGAGGCAGCAAUAAACAGAAGCAAAAUCUGCAGCGGAAAUAAGAAUAAUAAGAAGAGGAGUUGAAAAAAGCUGCAGAUGUUAUGAUCUAAAAACUUCAGAGUAAAAGUUUUACAUGAAGCCCUUCUUCUAAGAAGAAAGCCUUUUAUUUUUGUAUAAUGGUGUUUUAACUACCUCACUUAAAGGCUAUCUAAAGCUAUGCUUUAAGAAUUGUUGUCGUUUCUACUGUGUGUGAGAUCUCGUUUACAACUUGAAUAAUAUUGCAAAGGCAGGCCUUUGCUCCAAACCAAGUGAAACCUUACAUUUGCACUACAGAAGCCUGUCCACUCCUGAACCGAGAUCCAGCAAAGGGCUUCAAGUGGAAAAAAAAAAAAAAAAAGAAACAAAAGAUCAGACAAAGAAUUAUAUAAAACAGCAACAAGCGAUACAUAAACACAAAUAAGAAAUUCAAAAAGGCAGCUACAGCUUUUUCUUUGUGGACAACAGACAGAACCCAAGUCAUCAACACCUGAUAGUACAAGCAGAGUAGUCAUGUUUCAACGCCUGAGCAACCUGUUGUUUGGGGAGGUAGAAGAGGUGGCUGCCGAGCUGAAGGGACCCAAACCCUGCGUGACGGAGGCCGACGAGGAGGGAUGGAUGCUCGUCAAUCUGCCUGAGGAGUCUGACGGCUUGAUGCAGGCAGAGGAUGAGAAGGCGGCCCCACUGAUUGCACAGUCAUUCCCUGACAGUAACCUAUCACAUCAUCAGGACACACAUACAAGGACUGAAUGCCCGGCCCCCAUUCCCCACCCGCUUCACAAGCGCCGUAGGACACAUAAAGGUCAAGCACGAGUCGCAGUAGCAUCAUCAGACCCCCUGUCUUGCCCCAGCACUAACCCAUCAGACUUGGGUGCCACUACACCCGUGACCCUGCCAAGGCGGGCCAGACUGUCCACGCCCUCCUCCACCCCGUCAAUGUCCCCUGGCUCUGGGAGUGAGUGUGGGGGCAGUGGGGGUAACAGUAGGGCAGGCUCAGAGAGAGGCUGCAUGGAUGAGAGCUGGUUUGUCACCCCUCCCCCCUGUUUCACUGCAGAAGGAGCCACAGCAGAGGCCAGCCCGAUGGAGGACCUGCUCAUCGAGCACCCCAGCAUGUCCGUGUACGUCUCCCCGAACAACUUGUCCAUGGUCUCCAACAGCAACCUGUCUUUGGUGGGAGAGGAAAGCAUUGUCAGCCGGGCAAGCAGCGUGAGCAGAGUGGCUGAACCAGCUGCUGCCCCCGCCACCCGCAGCACUAUGCCCACCAGGGUGAGCCGCGGAGCAGCCGCCCAGGCUGGAGCUCUGGCUAAGGUCACCCAAGUAGCCAGGGUCCAGCGUGGCAAAGCCCGCAUCGAGAGGCGCCAUCUGGGCCGCAACCGCAUCCAGCGCCAAAACCGCACCAGGGAGCAGGUCCCUCGCCACGCAGCCCACGUCAGAAACACCUUCCUUCACCAGCCCAGCAAGCGUAACUUCUGCCACUAAACUCCCAAGCAACCAGGGGGCAUUGUUUACUCUGAGGGCAUUAGACACACACCCAAGACACACGUGAUUACAUAUAUUCACACACAGCUUAUUUGCUUUCGUAUAAUUCAGAUACCAGUUGACCAGUAGCGCUGUUGUUUGGUUUAUGCACAAAUUGAUUCCACCUGGUAGUUUUAUGCCCCAUUCUGCUGUUAUGAACCAAGCCCUCUGAGCAGAUCUGUGUAGAUCUUUAUUAUACUAAUUGUCCAUUGCAGUAUCCAAACAACUAAAAAAAAGUCUUCAAAAUAUUUACACAGGUUAUACUUAGUAAUAAUAAUAUCUUUAAAAAACAACAAAAAAUUUAGCUCUGUUAAUUUUCUUGCCUAUCUUAGUAAAAUAUUCUCCUUUCUUCCACUUUUCCUCAAGGCAUGUUUUCUUUUUGAAUUCAACCGUUACAUUCCCAAAUUAGUUAAAUUUGAAGAUAAUUGAUAUAAUCAAGUGUACUUUACUCUGUGAUGCAGGAACAGACUUUUCUGGUGGAAGCAAUGCAAGGUAGAGACAAGUUAAGUCUUUGCAUCUUUUCAGCGAAAGCAACUCAUCAUGUCUUUAGUGCUUUUAAAUUAAAGGGGAUCCUAUCAUAAUAUAUUUUUAUGUUUAUUCAGAAAAGGUGGAAGGAUAUACCGUGUGUGACGAGAGUGAGAGGAAGAUCACAUUGACGUUUGUUUCCUCUGCAGUUUGGUUUGCCAACAUGCAAAGUAAAGGUGCAAACGCAAGGGAACAUGGGGAAACCUGUUUCAUCAUUGGACACAAGAUGUGAGAUUUCUCUCUUCUCCCGUUGUGGUGGCUGAGAGAAAGUAGAAGAUGGUGAGAGUAUGAGCAAAACAGACUAAAGAGUAAAAGAAAUGACAUGAUGAAUUAGAUCUAGUAUUAAGAAAUAGUAUUAAAAUUAAUGUGGUUCAUAUGAAAUGGUCAUUGGAAAGUUUUAUGUAACCCUCAGAACAGCCUGUGAAUGAGUUAAAAUUCAACAUCAGACUCUUUUAAUCAAAUUUAGAAGAUGAGUCCUCUUCUAAAGGCAAUCUCUUUUUGUGCAGAUGAAAGAAGGGUGUCAUGGGCAGCCAUUAAAUCAUUAAUGGCAAGGAUUAUGAAAGGAUGCAGGGCUUGUUUUUGGGUUACAGGGUAUGGCACGUUAUAGUAAGUAAAGAGCGGUAUUGAUGGUAACUCUUUAUUUUGUUUUGUUUCACUGUUUUUUUCUCAUUUCGUCUUGUACAUUUUAAUAUUAUUUUACAGUCACUCUCUCUGCUUGCUUCCAGCAGACAAAGAAAUGAAAAGCUUGUUCCUGUCAGACAAAGAGAAAAUGCGCAUUUGGCUUUUAAAAUCGACAAAUUCAAAAUCACUCCCCGUGGAUCAGACACAGCAUGGUGUUCAUUAAAUGUGUGGUCUGUAAACUUAAGUCAUGUGCCCAGCACACAUCAGUCGCCUUCAUCCACAGUGUGUGCUGCGAUCUUAUGUUUUCCAUGUGAACACCGAAAAGAACGUACAAUCUAUUUACACAUCAGUCCCUUUCACUGAAAAAAAAAGAAGUCACUGACUUCAUAAGAUGCAAUUGUUUGGGGGAAAAAAAGGGGGAUGUAAACAUCUUCUUAAAGCCCAACAACAAACAUCUUCCCCCUACAUCUUGCUUAUGGACGUGCGAAACAUUUAUUUCUAACACCUACUCCAUGACUGUCUGUCACUUUAUUGUUAGCACAUCCAGCUCUAACAGUGUCCACUUAAAGAUCUAGCUUACUGAUAUGUGUUCAACAACAAUAGUAAAAACAAAAAAUGGUGCUGAAGUGUAUACUAAUGUUUGUAAAUUAUUUGAGACAUGGAUGUAAGUUUGCACUGUCAUACAUUUUGUGAGUCAAAGUUUUAGCGGUGUGCUGUGUGCUUGUUUUCUUUUUGUUUUUCUUUUGUGAUUUUUUUUUCAUUUUGUUUUGAUUCAAACUGUGUGUGAGAAGAUGUACUGACAUGACACGUUAAAUGCUAGAAACUCUAAAAAAAACAAAAAAACAUGGAUAAUGGUCGUUUAUUGCUCUUGUAAAUAUUACAAAACAAUUUCUAACGCUUCAUUAGAUGUCAAAGCCUCUCAGGAUUUGAGUCCACAAUGUUGUGUCCAAUGGGACUGAUGAGAAUCCUCUCUCUGCCUCACCUCUGUGCUCAUUAACAAACCAAGAGGGCGUCUCAGUGGCCAAAAGUGGUGUUUUUGACCCCAACGUCAGUCUCAUCUUGUUGAGGUGCACCAUACGAGCAGCACUAGACUCAGAGUUGAUGUGCCAUAGGCAAACACUGCCCUCCAGAGGGUCCACUUAGCACAGCAUUUGCUGUAUGAAAGCUGGUGAGGAUACAGUACAAUGACAUGAUGUUAGUACAUUCUGUACUGGUGUGUUCAAAAGACAAUUUGAGAGCCCGGGGAUUCAUUCAGAUUUCUCGGGAAAUGGAAAUGUCUUUUCUCAUUUAGAUCAUCUAGAUAAAUAGGAUUUAUUUAAUUAUUUUCCCUUGAAUCACAUACCACAACUAUUUCAUUUCUGCCUAUACUCUUAUAAAUGUCUCUGUUAAUUUAUAAUAUAAUUUUGAAUAUUAUCCUUUUUUUGUUUUCAAAGAUGAUUAUUAUGUAUCUUGUUGAUUCCUCUGAACAGUGGAGAGAAUGUAUCUGAGGUGAUGAGUCUAAUAUGCACACAUACAUACACACACAUAGGAAUCUCUCUGAUACCCUAGGAGUUUACUGCUCUGAUUGUGUCUCAGAGGUUGAAUUUUUCUUGCCUGUUGUAAAAGAAAAGGUACGUACAGAGUGAAAACAGAGUAAUAACGAGCGAUCACAGGUGGAUGUGUGUGUACAAAUGUAAAGAUCACCACAGAAAACUCUGCCGCUGCAAACCUGUCCUGUUUUCCUGAAUUUCUAUUUCUUCCUUUUCUCACCAGUGUCAUGUAAAAAGGAAAUGUGUUCUCAGUAUGUUUUGUGUGAUUUUUGAAAGGUGUGGUUUUAGAGUGGAAGUCAUCCAAUAAUGGGGAAAGGAAGCGGUCACCCAAUAUGUGGAGCCUAUACAAAAUGGGAGAUGUGGGCAGGGAAAGGAUGAGGCAGGAGACAAAUAGUUUAUAUAUUUAAAAAAUGAAAUUAAAUGUAUCAGAAAAAUACAAUAGAAUAUGCUUGUAUUUCCCUAUAUAGGUAUUAGAACAGUUGUUCACCAAUAGGAUGUUUUAAAUGAAAGGCGUUGAAUGUCUGGGGAGUUUCAUAUGUUUUAUGUUGUGCCCUGAAAUGAUGGCAGCUUAAAAACACUUGGGGUUUUGCCCUUGUUACAUCUCAAUUAGUACACCCCUCCCCCCAUAAAGAUGAAAUAUAUAGACAUAUAAAAUUUGGUGUAUCUGAUAUCUAUGGUGAUUGUGCCUUUCACUAUUUCUGCAUGGUUUUUGUGAUGUACUGAUUUUUCCAUCCCCAAAGUGGACAGUCAUCCACUGACAGGCAAGACCUAUGCAAAAGUCAACGGAUGGGUUUUCCAGCAUCCAUUCAGAAAACACAGGUACCCGCCAAAAAAAAAAACAACAACAACAACAACAAUAAAUACUCAGGUUAUCACCUGAA